AUGGAUGGAACAGAAGGUCUAGUGCGCGGCCAGCCUAUCACUGAUACAGGCGCUCCGAUCACCAUACCAGUAGGUGAACCGACCCUGGGAAGAAUCAUCAACGUCAUCGGAGAACCUAUCGGUAUGUUAACUUAGCCUUCAAUACCCAAGAAUUUUUUGGGUUCCUCUAGGUGAAUGGUUCUUAACAAGUGAUUCGCGAACCAUAGAUGGUCCCUGGAAACAUCCCAAGUGGUCUGUGGAAUGGAGGUUUUAUUUAACGACUAGUUAACCAGAAGUGAUUCUGAUGACGGUACUUACAAAUGACCUACUUGCGACGAGCGUGGACCAAUAACUACGGACAAGUUCGCACCUAUCCACGCGGACGCACCACCCUUUGUGGAGAUGUCCGUGGAGCAGGAGAUCCUCGCUACCGGCAUCAAGGUGGUGGAUCUCCUCGCACCUUACGUCAAAGGUGGCAAAAUUGGUCUUUUUGGUGGUGCUGGUGUCGGCAAAACGGUACUGAUCAUGGAGCUCAUCAACAAUGUGGCCAAGGCACAUGGAGGUUUCUCCGUAAGUAUACCAGAUGGUUAUGAUGAUAGUAUAGAAGAUAAUGAUCUACAGGUGUUUGCCGGAGUAGGGGAGCGCACGCGUGAAGGCAAUGAUCUAUACAACGAGAUGAAAGUGGGCGGUGUUAUAACAGAUGACUAUAAAACUUCUAAGGUAGAAGAUGCCACUCUGGUGGUAAUCAGAAACGAGAUAGAUGAUCUGCAUGGCCGUUGUACCUUCCCGGUAUGUGAUACACAAUCAUUCAAAUUAAAUGCAGCUUCAUUAACUGAAAGUUUUGCGUUAGUGUACGGACAGAUGAACGAACCUCCGGGAGCGCGGGCCCGCGUCGCCCUCACGGGACUGACUUUGGCCGAACAUUUCCGGGAUAAAGAAGGACAAGACGUGUUGCUGUUCGUCGACAACAUAUUUCGUUUCACUCAGGCCGGCUCUGAGGAUUAUAAAUCAUUGCAAGACAUAAUCGCCAUCUUGGGCAUGGACGAGCUCUCCGAAGACGACAAGCUGACUGUGGCACGCGCGCGCAAGAUACAAAGAUUUCUAUCGCAGCCCUUCCAGGUAGCAGAAGUAUUCACUGGUCACAUCGGCAAACUUGUCAAGUUGGAGGAAACUAUCAAAGGUUUCAAAAGGAUCCUGGGUGGUGAGUUGGAUCACAUACCGGAGGCCGCGUUCUACAUGGUAGGCACUAUUGAAGACGUAGUGGCCAAAGCUCAAGACCUCGCUAAGAGCGUUUAA